UGCCGAGUUUAGUUCAUUUAAAUAAGGAUAUUUAGUUACAUGUAUAAUUGAUAUUGUUUUGAGUGUACGAGAUCUAGCUCAAGCACAUAAGCGAACUAUCGCUUAAACGUGGCAUGAUUGGUAAAUACUUAUAAAGUUAUCGUGUUAAAUAGCAGUGCACUCCACGUUUAAAUUUGUAAUCAGUUGUUACUUCCUUACAGGAAUACAACUUUGUGAUUGUUUGUUUAUUACGUUCGUGAGAAGAAUCAGUUAUGUGGUUGUAAUAUGGAGCUGUUAAUAUUUUUUGGAUUUAUUCUUUGCGGUCAAGUGUGCAGCAUCACGUUGUCGGGGAAUGGUACGUCUGGAGGUUUCACAGUUCAAGAAAACGCAUCCCUGCAGCUGACGUGUACCACGUCUACCGAUGUACAGUAUGUAGUCUUUAAUAGAAGACUAAUGGGAUUAACUCCUCAGACAAUCAUCUCAGUAGGGUACGGUUCAUCAGGUUGUGAAUCAUCAUCAGAUCCUCAACCGCCGUAUUACCUCAGCUGUAACUGUGUCAGUAGGAGCCAGUUCGUCUGUGUCAUCCGGACCGUCACCAGAGACAUGAACGGACAUGUGUGGUUUUGUCUACCUCCAGUGGGCGAUUCAAAUGUGGUUACUGGGGAUAAAACAAUCGUCGUGUCAAUCGGCAUAACUGCAGUGUCUAUGGUUUUCCCGGCGGUCAGCUCCGUGUUCGUCAUAGAAAACACCGCUCGGCAGUUCAGGUGUGAAACAUCUGCCGGAAACCCCCAAGCUAUCGUGGAGUGGUACAAGACUAACGGUACACAGGACAGGGCGGAUGGUACUCUGAUUACUACCGGGACAGAGACAAACACUAGAGCAAGUGGCACUUUUUUUGUAACUAUCGGUAAACUGACGUUGACUGUGCAGAGAAACGAUCAUGAGGUGGGCGUGUACUGCAGGGCAAACAACAGCGGGAAUUGGCUGUAUUCCUACAGCGUUGUCAUAGAUGUUCAGUAUGAACCCUUCACACCGAAAGUAUUCUACAAGGGUUCCGAAGUUACCUCCUCUGUACGGGUAAUAUCAGGACGUCCUAUGACGCUCAUCUGCAGCAGCACGGGCAACCCGAUCCCGACUUACACGUGGACAUACCCUGGUGGAGGCUCAGAAAGUGGAUCCACGCUCACACUGGCAAGCGUGCAGACCACAUACGCCGGAGGUGUCACGUGUACAGCAUUGAACACGUUGUCACCUACUGGAGGGACAGCGGUUGUGAAAAGACAGCCAACAACCAUAAACCUUCAAGUUCUGUAUUCCCCGCAAGCACCAUCAUGCGCCAUAAGCGGGACUUCAAUAUCGACCACUGUUAUACUCGUGGAGGGCACAGAUCGCACAAUCAACUGCACAAGUUCCGCCAACCCGACCUUUAUCACAUACACGUGGUCAACUCCGGGCCGUGGACAAGUUCCCGGAGCCAGUUUGACCCUGACCAAUGUCAAGCACCCCGCCGACCAAGGCCAAUACACUCUGAUGGUUACAAACACAAUGGAUCCCACAAGAGAAAACACGGAAACGGGAACAAAAAACACAACGUUCUCAGUGGAUGUUCAGUUUGGACCCAAAGUGCAACUUCCGGAGACUCAUGCCAUAUUAAAGGGCAGAGACUUAAACUUCCAAUGCCUAUUUGCUUCUGGGAAUCCUUCUGAGACAUCCUUUGUCUGGACUAGAUCAGUUGACAACAGACAAUGGAACAGCCAGAAUGUCAGUAUCAGCUCUGUGAAGAAAUCAGACGCCGGCAUGUAUACGUGUACCGCAACGAACCAGAUAACGCCUACUGGAGCGCCCGCCACCACUGGAAGUCAUAGCGGAACCAUUGACCUCAAUGUUCAGUAUGAAUCUCUCGUGAGUGGCUUUCACGUUACUGAGCACAUCGGAACUUCCAACGUUACAAAAUCAGAGUUCAGCAAUGUGACGUUUACCUGCACCGUGGAUAGCAAUCCUCUAGCAUCCAUCAAUAUUCGAAAGGACGGUGAAAUAAGGAGAUCCAUCGAAAAUUCAUCACAGCUGGAAUACACCAUUGCAAACCUAACAUGCUGGGAUGCCGGGCUUUAUACUUGUGAUGGCAGUAAUGAGUUUAAUACCGACACUCCGUCGAGAAAAAACUUGAAGUUGCUUGUAACAUGCAAACCAAGGCAUCCACCUGGCGAGGAUCUACAGUUGACCUUUGCAGCCCGACACCACGAACAAGUAACAUUGAAGUACACUGUGUUUGCGUAUCCGGUCCCUAAUUCAUCACAGUUUGUCUGGAAAAGAUGCAAGCCAACUUGUGCUCAGUUAUCAAAUCACCCCGGGAAGUAUGAAAUAAAAACGACAGGGUUGUCUAGUAAUUUGACCGUUUUGAAUAUCGAUACUGGUGAUUACGGCGUGUACAGUAUUACGGUUAGCAAUGGAAUUGGCAAGGAGCUAGUCGAAGAAAUAUAUCUCAAGCCAGCAGGACCACCAGAUCCACCGACGGAAUUCCAUGUAAUUGAGGAGGCUAUCGGAGAAACGCAAGCAAUACUAACAUGGAUAGCUGGAUUUAACAACGGUUUAAGUCAAACCUUUCAUUUAUCGUAUGGAACAUUGAUUAAACUCUCAACCAUAACUCAAGUGAAUAUUUCUCAUAACGAACUCGAAGAAAGCAUAAACUAUACUAUAAACAAACUGGAACCUAAAAAGCAGUACUUUGUGGAACUUUUUGCUUCUAAUGCCAAAGGGAAUUCCAUGAGAGUCAACGCAACAUUUACAACAUUGGCGCAUCUAGUUAAUCCAGUGGUUCCAUCAGCUGCUAUAAUUGGAGGAUCAAUCGGAGGUGUCAUUUUCGCAAUGUUGAUUAUUGGAGGCGUUAUUUUGGGCUUAAUGAAAUUCAGAAAAAUCGGCCAAAAGAAAGACAGAGAAAUGUUGGCAGGCAAUCAACGAGUAGAUGCUAUUCCUCAUCACGUCGACGGGGAUGAUGAAAUUCCGGAUGUUAUUGAAAAUACAAUGUAUGUCCCAGCUGAAGAUAUAUCACGCCAUAUCAACAAUUCAGGCGCAGAUGCCUUGUAUGCACAACCAAAUAAAACUAAGGCGUCAAGUUCAGCAGGUACCGAGUUAUACGCAGAAGUCAAUAAAGUAGCCCCAAAAAAGGCUGCUGCAAAGAAGCAUGGAAAGAAGGCAUAUGAAAACAAAACAUUUGAAGAUUCAUCGCUCGAGCUUACAGAAAAUAAGAAAAAUGUUAACAAGGAUGGACUCGUCUACGCAGACUUAGAUUUUCCUAAACCACGAAAAGGACAAAAUCCUUACAUAAACGGCCAUGAUGACAAGACAGUGUAUGAAGAAGUUGAUUUAUCACGAAAGGCUGAUCCGUUGCCAGACAGUGACGACGACGCAUCUGGCGAAAACAAAAAGUAAUAAAAGCGAUUGUUUUAAACAAGAUCACUGUAGCUAAAACUUAUUUUGUAGUGUUUGUUAAUUAGACAUUGCUGUCCUACAUGUAUUCACUUUUUAACUAUUUUAUUUAAAAGUUGAACUAUUUGAAAACCGUAAGUUUAUUGCAAUUUGUAGAAGUCAACAAAUAACUCAUUCAAUUUUCAGUACUGUCUUUUAAACAAUACGUUAAUAUAUUUGCCCUAGGCAUUUUGAUAAAUUUUACCUUUUUUAGGCUUUAGACACUAUUUUUAAUACAUUUCAGAUCGUAUCAUUUAUGAAAAUGAAUUGAAAAUGUAUCUUAUAUUGACUUGACUAUUACUAAGAUAUUUGUUCACCGAAUGUUUAUAUAAUAUUCAUAAAAAUCAAUAUCAAUGGUCGAUUGUUAAAAAUUCAUUUCACCGGUGUUAAUCAUUUUGUAGAUUUUAACCUUAUAAUGAACAGUGAAAUGACAUUUAUGUUUGGUUAAUCAGAAAUAAAGUAUGCACUUUGAAAUAUUUUUCCGCCAGAAGUUAUUAUGUUGGAUGAUGUAUACAAACUUUAUAAUGUUGCUAAGAGAUUUCAGAAUUUCAUGAACUUAAUGAAUGCCUCAAACUAUAGUAAAAAAGUACUUAUGUUUUUCUUUAAGAACAAGCAAGAUUCGUUCCAAAAUGGAAAAAAAAAGUAUAUUUAAUUUAAUUGAACAUGUAUCUUAAACAUAUCAGUUUAGUGUUUUACUCGCUCAUAACGUGUUGAAAAAAUUAACAACAGCGGUAUUCUUAAGCCAUUGGAUAAGUAAGUUGAUAUCAUUUGUAUGGAAUAUGAAUAAAUGUUGUAUAGAUUUAAAAUCAUUUAGAGUAAACUCUAUAAUUAAAUUAUUGAAUAAGAUUGGUUUGGUAUUCGAAAAGUGAACAAAACGUUGAUUGUCAGAGUUAUAUUUUUUUCAUUAUACUGAAUGAUAUGGAUAAUUGAUUAUGUCUUUAAGAGUCAAAAUGUUUUGAUGUUUUAUUGUUUUAUUUUAUGUUUAUAAACGCACAUGAAUUUGUUAUAUUUGCACAAACUACAACAGCUUUUAAAUAGUGAGCAUUUAUACUGUAUGAAAUUGAAACUACCAAUCAAAAACAUGACCUCAACAUAUAACACUUUAUUAUGAUUACGGCUGUAUAGAUCCUUAUUUUAUUAUUAUUAUUAUUAUUAUUAUUAUUAUUAUUAUUAUUAUUAUUAUUAUUAUUACAAUAUACAUUUUUGUAUUAUGGCAUACUCCAAAAAUAAUUAAUCUGAAUGACUUGGUAUACGGAGAGCUAGGACUUGACAUGGAUAUGUUUUUACGUGGUUAAACUUUAAAUUUGUUAGAUACGGAUUCAAAAUGUAUUUAUAUGACAUGUUAUAAAUUGUUUUUGCUUCAAUAUAACCAUCACAACCAUCACAUUUCUUUUGUAUUACACAUGUAUCACUCCGCAUGUUUGAAAACAAUUAAAUUGGAAGAACAAUCUUAAAUGGUGAUAUAUAAGCAAUUUAUAUCUUUAUUUAGUAUAUGCCUAUCAAUUUCCUUUCCAUAUCCAAUAGUGAAAAUACAGCACGCCGUUUUGAAAUAUCCGUAACACCAUACUGUCGUUUCUGCGUCCGCAUCAUGCAAGUACCGUGUGUAGUCUCGGAAUUACUUUCGCAUUGCUAAAAAUAGCUUGACAUCCAAGCAAUUUAUAUCUGUAUAUAUCAUUUUUUCUGACAAUAAAGAUCUAUUUGAAUAAAUUACUUCAUUAACAUCAUGAUGAAAACGUGCUAUUUGCUCUUGAUUGAUGAAAAACAUAUAAUAUAUAAUAAAUCAUGACAUCAUUAACAUGUUUAAGAUGUCACCAUUGAAACGAAAGCACAUAUCGUUAAAAGUAUUGUGUUUAUAUUAUGAUUCUAUCUAGAUACUUUCACAUAGUUCAUUCAUCUUAUAAUCAGAAAAAAUAAUCGUAUAUAGAUACUUUGCUUUAAAUUCUACCUUUAUCUACAUUACCGCAAUGUAUGUAGCGAGUAAAAUAGCAAUCCUCUGUCUGUUUUGGUAUUUAGCUCAUCAUCAGCGCAGCUAAACCAGGCAGAUUGUUUUUAAUAUUUAUUACCGGAAACGGACCAGUGAUAAAUUUCCUGUUCAGAAAAUAUGUUAGGUAGCUCGCCAAAGGCUCGCUCCCUAUUUUGUUGAAUCAAACUAUGUGCUUUAUGAAAAAUCGUGCCAGAUCCAAUAUUUCUGACGUUUUUAAACGUUAAAAAAGAAUUGCUCUUACAAGUAUGUUAAUAUCAUUAAUGCUUAAAUGUAAUGAUGGACUGACUAUACCAAACAUGUAAAAAUCUAUUCCAUACAACAACAAGCAUGCUAAUAUGUUCAGAUAUGUUUUAUAUAUAACAUAAUAUUAUAUCUCACAUAAAUGUGUCCCUUCUUUGUAUAUAUAAACUUGAUCGGUCCGUAUAUCACUGUAUUUUGAUAAAAAUCCAGUUUUAUGACGUCACCGGUCCAUAUCAUAUUUUUGGCCGGUCCGGACCUCGCCAAAAAUAUGAUAUGGACCGGUGACGUCAUGCAACUGGUAGGUGCGGCUUGCUUUUUUCACAACGACGUAGAUUUGUCGCAAGUAAACAUUAUUAGCUUUGUUCAAUAAAACACAUCUUAAGUGCAUUAAAAAUAAUUAAUGGUUCUAUAAAAUGUUUGGUAUAAUAUAAGAAAUAUAACACACCACUUCGGGCCAUAUGGCAUUAUAAGGACCGCUCAGUCAGUCCCCGAAGGUGAAUGGACCUCGGCUAACGCCUCGGUCCAUAUACAUUUUCGGUGGCUGACUGGCCGGUCCUUAUAAUGUCAUAUGACCCUCAGUGGUGUGUUAUAUUUCUUAAUGUGUAUGCAUAUGUGACUUCUGAUCUUGAUGAGCAGAUCAAUCGCUCUACUCUCGUGAAUUAUUUGAUUUAUCAUUACUCUCUAAAUCAAUGUGUUAAAGUGCUGAUAUUUUACUCUGCUAUUUACGGAAUAUCCAUGUGUGUUAUAGUAAAACACUUCAUAUGAAUAUAAUAUUAAUAUGAUUUUUUGUUAAUUUUAGUCAACACAGUUUAUUUAAUACCCAUUAUAAUAAAUGUAAUGUGACCUAAAAUAAAAGUCGGCAAAUAAGAUCCGUGGAUAGCUAAACAUUAUGAUAUGUUGUUAACGCCACUAAAUUAAGAUAGUUAGUUGUGAACAUAAAAUAAUCAAUGAUGACCAGUUAUUAUUAACAUUUAAAUUAAUUGACACAAACUGAACAGUUAUACAUAAAACUAGUGUGAUUUAGAAUGGUAAGAUGGACAUUACCCUCACAAAUAUGUAUGUAUUGUCGUUAGGUAACUGGGAACGACACCACUCUUUUAUGAUGGUUUAAUAUUAGAAUAUAAUUUAAUAAUAAAAAAUAAUUAAAGGAGUUAGUCGUGCUAGUUGUUUAAAGAGCAAUUUCUGUGAUAAAACCCAAGUAUGUUAUUUUAUGUAGAUUAAUAGAAUAGUUGACAAAUGUUUGUUUUUCUGAGUUCUGCCAGAUUUGAACGGUAUCAGCUAUAGUUGCCGGUGAUAAAAUGUUGUUUUGCCCAUCCAUUUGUUAAGCAUUCAAUUAUAAUUUCCUUCUUAAACGUGCUUGUGUUAUCCCAAUGCUUAAUAGGAAAUUAAGCUUUGUUCAUUGUCAUAAAGCCGGACCUUUUAUGACAAUGAACGACAAUUUAAGAUUUUAUAUGUAUGUUCGCUUUGUAUUUUAUGCAUUGUACGUAUUUAGUGUUGAACUAUUUGAUAUAAAUACCUACUUUAAUCAUUCAAUUUUUAUAUACCUUUUCUAAAAAUAAAUGAUCUUCUCUA